UUCAACAUUUGGGUGACGUUUGUGCAACGUGGUAUUGGAAAUUCCUCAACUUCCGCUUCUCUUGAGUGAAGAGCGUCAAGAAACGUUAUUGAACGGUUUGGAAAAGGUUUUGGGAACGUAUGAGAAAAAGUUAAAUGGAGCACGAUAAUGGGGAUAACCACAACUGGCCGGUGCAACGACGAGAGCAGGGUUUGGUGAACAAACAUAUGGCAGACAUUGCUCGGGAGAGCCUCCAGCAGAGGCUGUGUGCCGGGGAGAUGCACAGUCUGACCGAACGAGGCUCCAGACGCUCAGGGGAAGAGUUCACAGACGAACCCCGGCGAAGGGACGUUAGUUUCGGGGAAGAGCCGCCGCUUUCCACCGCCUGUAGCUCCGGAGCUGACAAGUUACUAUCUGCCCCCCCAUCCACAGAGACUGCUGCUCAAGGGAAGAUCAUCGCCCUGCUGGUGGAAAUCAAAGAGGAGCAGCAGAGGCAGUGGGCGGUGCUGAAGGAUCUUCAGGCCAGACUGCCGGGUCAGAGCAUCAACGAGGAGGAGGAGGACGUGGAGGAUCUGGACAUGGAUCUCCCCCUGAGGACCCUGGAGCAGCUGGAUGAGAUGGAGAGGCAGCUGGAAGAGACAGGAAGUCAAAAGAGAAUGGUUUCGUACCUGUCACGGAUGGGCGGGGCUACGGUUGACGACGCGGUGAGACGUCUGAUGCAGUCUGUGCUUACAUUCGCUGUCGGCUCUGAGCUCAACUGGGUGGGCCGAGGCCGGAAGAGAAGCUUCAGGAACACUCGCCUCCAGGGAGUGCUCUUCUGUGCUCUGAAACGCACACCGGUGGGUAAAGAAGCCACACACCAUCAGUAUGCUGACGUGGUGAAGAAGUGGCUACGCUUUGCUCCGUUCAGACAGGGGGGGGGCGGGCGGCGCUGCUACAGAGCCCCUGUGGAGUUUGCAGAUUCUGAGGAAACAGACAAUUCUAACCAAAGCUCGACACGAUGACAUUUAUCUCACUUAUCAGGUAUCACACAAGUUUCAGAAUGAGGCAUUCACAUGUUGAAAAAAUAAAUGUGCAUGAAAAGGUUGUUGUUAUAAUAAUAAUAAUGAUGAUAUUAUUAUGUUCAAGACACAGCACACUGUACACUUCUGGAAUGUGUUGCUAAUAGUGCAAAUAUGUCCUUUUAAAGAGCCUAAGAGCAGACAAUCUCAGUGAGCUGUGUUGGAAAAAGAAACCUGGCACUGGUGAAGAACUUGAAAAUAUAAAUAUUUGAUGACACUAUUGUAAGUCAAAGUCAACUUUAAUGUCAAUCUUACUCAGUUUGUGUUUACAGACAGAGAGAUCGAAAUGACAUUUCCAACAUUCCCGAAUAUAAAAAUUAUACAAUAUACAGAUAUGUAUACAAUAUGUAUAUCCUAUAUACACAAUCAACAGACACAUUUACACAUAUGCACACAUUAAGAUAAAAAACACAACAAUCAAUAUUAAUAUAUACAAAAUAAUCGUCACUUCAAUAUCAAUAUCUUUGGUGCAAGAUUGUCCAUAGAAUGUGCAUUUAUUGCAGAUUUCCCUCAAAAGUAUUGUUCAGUGUAUCAGUUUACAUUGCUUAUUAAUUGGUACUGCUUUGAAAUGAAACUAUUAUUUACACCAACAAUAAUGUGCCCUUUUUAUAAUGUUUUAUUUGUGAAGUGCAUGUUCACAGUUUGUCUCAAAGUGCUUUAAGUUGAGAGGGGGUUAUUUUCUCUCAUCCCUAUCAUCUCCUGCCUUAAAAUUAAAGGGUAACAUCUGAUCAAAUGUACAAUUGUCAGUAAACUGAAGAUGAUAUUUUACAGACUCCA